GAGCUGGGUGCCAUCAUGGUGGUCACGUUGGGGUACUGGGACAUCCGUGGGCUGGCCCACCCCAUCCGCCUGCUGCUGGAGUACACGGAGACCCCCUACCAGGAGAGGCAGUACCGCCCCGGCCCAGCCCCUGACUUCAGCCCAAGCGACUGGACCAGCGAGAAGGAGAAACUGGGCCUCGACUUCCCCAACCUACCUUAUCUCAUCGACGGCCCCACCAAGCUGACGCAGAGCAACGCCAUCCUGCGCUACAUCGCCCGCAAGCACAACAUGGGCGGUGAGACGGAGGAGGAGAUGCUGCGUGUGGACAUGCUGGAGAACCAGAUCAUGGAUUUCCGCAUGAGCUUCGCCCGGCUCUGCUACAACCCCGACUUCGAGAAGCUGAAGCCGGCGUACCUGGAGCAGCUGCCGGGGAAGCUGCGGGAGCUGUCGCGGUUCCUGGGCUCCCGGCCGUGGUUUGCAGGGGAGAAGCUCACCUUCGUGGACUUCGUGGCGUACGACGUGCUGGACCAGCACCGCAUGUUCGUCCCCGAGUGCCCCGAGCUGCAGGGCAACCUGGGCCGGUUCCUGCAGCGCUUCGAGGCGCUGGAGAAGAUCUCUGCCUACAUGCAGUCGGGGCGCUUCAUGAAGACCCCCAUUUUCUGGCGCACGGCACAGUGGUGCAACACCAAGGACUCGCCCACGCCAUCCGCCUGCUCCUGGAGUACACCGAGACACCCUAUGAGGACAAGCUCUACAGCUGCGGGGAAGCUCCCGACUAUGACAAGAGUCAAUGGAUCAAUGAGAAGGAGAAGCUGGGGCUGGACUUCCCCAACCUCCCUUACUUCAUUGAUGGCACCACCAAACUGACGCAGAGCAACGCCAUCAUGCGCUACAUCGCCCGCAAGCACAAGAUGUGCGGUGAGACGGAGGAGGAGAUCCUCCGCGUGGACAUGCUGGAGAACCAGAUCAUGGAUUUCCGC